GGAGGGGGGUUAGGCAGACGGAUAGUCGAUGUUGAGUGAGCCACCGGUGGAGGAGAGAUCGUCACCGAUGGGAAAGCUGGCAGACAAGUGGUCGAUGCAUGGGGAGGAUUGCGAGAGACAGGGGGACAGUGUUCAGGUGGGGGAGGGCCAGACUGUCGCGGUGGAUGAAGAAGUGGGAGUAGAAGGGCCGGGUCCCGUGGAGCGAGGGACCAGUCGAGUAAAGCGGCUAGCGUUGGGGCAGUUGGUCUUUUUUGGAGACGACGGGUGGAGAGGCAGAAGGCGGUCGGGAGGCACGAUCCCGGCGUUCCGUCCGCAUAAGGUGGGUGAUCUGGAGGUCCUCAAUGGUGAAUUGGGAGGGGUCGAGAGAGGCAGUGUCGAAGACGUCAUCGAAGGUGGGUGGAGUGGUGUCGUUAUGGAAAAAACGAAAGCAGGAGGGAGCAGGUGCGGACUGGUGAUGGGGGUGGAGGAGUCUAUCGUGGUGAAGCAUGCGAGAGAGGAGGUCAACAAGGGGCAUGUCGGGUUCGUGGGCGAGGGCGGUUGCAAGGUCUUUGUGGCAUACUCCUUUGAUGCGGGAGAUGAACGCAAAGUCGGGAAUGACGGUGGUGGGGAGGUGAUGGUGGAGGGAGCAGAUGUAUUGGACGAGGCGGUCUGUGGGACCGGUCUGGCGGAGGUGACAAAAUUGUUCGAGGUAGUCAUCAAUGGUUUUCUGGGGGCGGAAGGUGGCAAUGAGAAGUUUGGCCCAUUGGAGGAAGGAGUGACGUGGUCCUCCGGAGGCUCGGCGGUUGCUGACUUCAGCAAUCCACCAUUUGGCGGCAUUGCCGAGGAGGCGGGAGGUGGCAAUGGGGAGCCAGUGGGCAAGGGGCAUGCGGUGGAGGUGAAAAGAGUUCUGGAGCUGGGCGGUGUGUUGGAUGCGCCGGAUGAGGGAGGAGGUGGGGGGAACGAAACGAUGGUGGGGGUUGAAGGGUUGGUGGAUGUGGUGGUAGAGGUGGUAGGAGUGGAGGAGGUCGGCGGGGGGGNCGGCGGGGGGGUGUUGCUGGAGGCGGUUGUGGAGGAGGGAGUGGUUGGCACUGUGGAGAAGGGAGUGGUUUGCGCUGUGGAGGAGGGAGGUGCGGCCGUGGUGACGACCGUGAUGGAGGGGUUGUUCCCUUCGAGCGUGGUGAUGAGGUCGGAUAUGGAUGACACAGUGGCCUUUAUAUCGUUGAGAGAGGCGGUGACGGAGGUUUGGAGGGUGUUGAGAGUGUGGAGGAUGGCGGAGAGGUCAGGGGUGGCAGUGUUUGCUGGUGGUUGUUCGCCUGCGAGGUUGCGGGCGAUGCUAUCGACAGAGUCUGUGUGGAUGUCAGACAUGUUGAUGGAGGAUGUGGUCAUGUCGAGGGAAGAGGGGGUGGAGGACGCGGCCGGAAUGGAUGUGGAGGAUGCCGCAGCAGCGAUGGCUGAGGCGACGGCUGCGGAUGAGGUGGAGGCAGGCACGGCGGCGGCGGCUGCGCGUUGGGAGGUCUUGGAUUGGCGUGGUGGCAUGUGGAGAUUUGGGAGUGGCAGGGGGUGGGGGCGGGGAGGGUAUUUACAACAUUAAUUGAUUUAUUCAAAAAUAAAUAAAGGUAUCUGCAAAAACAAUAAAGGAAUAAAACGGGAAUUAAUUC